CCCUCCACCGCCCCCCCAGCCUGUAUUCCAGCUGCAGCUCUGCCUCAGCUCUCACACAGCUUUCUACCAACAGAGAGGUUUUCAUCUUCUCUCCUGACCACACUAUAAUAAACAUGGCUGCUAACCGGGUGAUCGUGUACGGAGGAAGAGGAGCUCUGGGCUCAAAGUGUGUCCAACAUUUCAAAUCUCAAGGAUGGUGGGUCACAAGCAUCGACAUGACUGUGAACGAGGAGGCGAACGAGAACGUGAUUGUGAAGAUGAGUGAGUCUUUCACCGAGCAGGCAGGACAGGUGACGGCAGAUGUUGCCCUGUUGCUAGGGGAACUCAAAGUGGAUGCCAUCUUGUGUGUGGCAGGAGGAUGGGCGGGAGGAAGCUGCAGUUCCAAAGAUUUAUACAAAAACACAGAUCUGAUGUGGAAACAGAGUGUGUGGACCUCCACUAUCUCCAGCCACCUCGCCGCUCUGCACCUCAAACCAGGCGGACUGUUGACUUUGGCCGGGGCCAAAGCAGCUCAGUCAGGCACUGGAGGCAUGGUGGGCUAUGGCAUGGCCAAAGCUGCAGUCCACCAGCUGUGUCAGAGUCUCGCGGCAAAAAACAGCGGGAUGCCAUCAGGAGCCGCUGCUGUGACUAUACUCCCGGUUACCUUGGAUACGCCAAUGAACAGGAAAUUCAUGCCUGACGCAGACUUCGGUUCCUGGACACCGCUGGAGUACAUUGCAGAAAUGUUCUUCAACUGGGCCACAGGAGUGGACCGGCCGACUUCAGGAAGCCUGAUGCAGCUGCUGACCUCUGGAGGUGAAACUCAGGCUUCGGCCGCGCAGUAGAGGAAAGAGUGGAGACGGUGGUGGGGGGGGAGGAGGCAGAGAGAUGGAGGAGGUUAUAGAGGUGAAGAAGAGAGAUGGUGACAGAGAGGAACUGGAUACAAUGAAGAGGUGGAGAGGAGACUGCUGGAUGGGUUUGUUUCGAAGGGGGGAGGAGGAGGAGGGGGAGGGAGGGCUUUGCUUGCAAAUGCAGCCUCAGAGCACCAUCUAGCUGUGAACCCCGACAAUGAUCCCACUGUACCAGUCAGACUGCGUUGCAUCCUCAGUAACGGACCCUCUCCACUCCUUCACAACACUUUUGACUUAUUCAAAGUAUUCUUUCAAAGAUCAGUGAAGUGUUAAAUGAGAAACAUGUCAUAUAAAAGUGUGUGUGUGUGUGUGUGUGUGUAGCUCUUCUUUGGUCUGACUGUGUGGAAGCGGUCACUGAUUCAGAUGCAUAUAUGAUUGGUUAAACCAUACCAUAAUAAUGCUGUGCCAUAGCAGUUUUAUCACAAUAAUUAUCAUGGAGAGAAAUUAGAGAUGCACCGAUAAGUCCAUAUUUAUGAACGACAAUAAAAACAACUAAGUUUUGACAAAAAGUAGGUCCUUUUAACUUGGUACCCCCCCCCCCCAAAGAAAAUGUACAUCAGCACCUUUUAUACCUUCACUACAGUCACUUCCUUUAACAUCUGUGAAACGUACGACGAUGUCAGUCCUGUGACAUGUGAGACCUGAUUAGUUCGUGCUGUUUAUGGUCCCUGAAGGUCGUCUGUCGCUCAAAGAAACCUCGAGCCGCCGCCGUCGUCUUCUCUCAGACGGACAAUACGCUGUAAAGCGGAGUGGCCUUGCUUUAUGUUUGUAGCAAUCAAGUCAAAGUGUCCUUGUUGUCCGUGGUAGGAAAAAAGGUGCUCUGUUCCUGUUGUGGGUUUUCUAAGUCGUGUAUUGUAACCGUGUCAAAUUCACAAUAAAAUGAGUCAGAAUAAAAAUC